CUUUUUUUCGGGAAACAGUACAUCUGGAAGUGUCCGGCUCUCCCCUUUCUUCCCGUCUUCCGCUCUCCUCGUCUUUUGUCUUGCUUCUCCUCAGCGCAGGCUCUUCCAUUAGGCGCCUACUCUUCGGAGGCGAAGGGGGCGGAGUCGGCGGCUGGGCCCCGCCCCCAGGACUAUAAAAGGUGUGCGGCGGCGCGCGACCUCAGCGCGCUCGGGUUGAGUGUCGAGGCGGGUGGAGCUACGAGGCGUUGCUGCCGCAGCUGCGUUCACGAUGCCUUCAAUUAAACUGCAGAGUUCUGAUGGAGAAAUAUUUGAAGUUGAUGUUGAAAUUGCAAAGCAGUCUGUAACCAUAAAGACCAUGUUGGAAGAUUUGGGGAUGGAUGAUGAAGGAGAUGACGAUCCUGUUCCUCUUCCAAAUGUUAAUGCAGCCAUAUUAAAAAAGGUCAUCCAGUGGUGCACUCACCAUAAAGAUGAUCCACCUCCCCCUGAAGAUGAUGAGAACAAAGAGAAACGAACAGAUGACAUCCCUGUGUGGGACCAAGAAUUUCUUAAAGUAGACCAAGGAACUCUCUUUGAACUAAUUUUGGCUGCAAACUAUUUAGACAUCAAAGGCUUGUUGGAUGUGACAUGCAAAACUGUUGCAAAUAUGAUUAAGGGAAAAACACCAGAAGAAAUCCGCAAGACCUUCAAUAUCAAGAAUGACUUCACUGAAGAAGAGGAAGCCCAGGUGCGCAAAGAGAACCAGUGGUGUGAAGAGAAGUGAAGUCUUGUGCCUGACACCCAGUGACACUGAGAUGUGAUGCCUGGGUGUGAGAUUCCUGUUGUGUGCAUUCCAGAGCCAAGCAUCAAGGGAUGUGUGAUCCUGUAACACAACACAUGCUUGUGACUACCUGAACAUACUUAAAUAUAAUACAGACCUUCUGGAUUGCUAUUGCAAAUGGACGUACUGUAAUUCUAAAAGUAGCAGGGUGGACCAUAUUGAAGAUCGUUCAGUAGCAGGCAUGGUUUGCGUGAGCUGGAAUAGCUAAAUGUGAGAUAACAAUUCCUAAAAUACAGAUCAGCAAGGGUUACAGUGAUAUGCCCGCUAGAUGGCACUCUUUGAAAUGUUUUCCCUGAUAAUAUUAAUCACUAGCGAACCAAAUUUCAAUCCAUAAUUCAGAAUCUUAGAGUAUCCUGACAUUCUGUAUGCAAAGCAUUCUUACUGAACUAAGGACAGCCAAGACUGCUCUUGACAGGGGUUUGGACUGGAUGGCCCAUGAGGUCUCUUCCAACUCUAUUAUUCUAUGGUUCUAUGAUUCUAUGGUGAAGCCUAUGUCAAUGCUGAGUCAGGCAAUGCUAAGCCUGACUCGGUAUCUUCUUUUUACCAGUGCCUGUAGUUAAAUAAGGGCUACAGGCCUUAAUUUGGUGUUUGAUUAAACUUAAAGAGCUGUACUUAACAGUUCUCUGCAUACACAUCAGAUUUCAUUUCCAAAGAAAACAAAAAGAGGGCAGGGACAUUUGCAGACUCUUUUUUAAAAUUUUGGGGAUUUUUUUUUUGAUGUGAGAGGCAAUAAAAGGUAAAGGUUUUCCCCUGAUAAUCCAUAUUGCUAAUGACAUUGAAGUGUGGUGAAACCCAUUAGAACAAGGACAAGAAUUUUAUCUUGUGAAUUCUGUGCAAAACAGUCGAACCUUGGCAUGAUAUACCAGCCCACGUUAGAUGAUCACAUGUCUAGAAAGAAAUAGAACAGCUUUUUCUUUUUUUGAGAAAAUCUGAUUACAACAGGAUCACUGAUCACUGCAAUCAUUAAUUGGAUCCUGAAGAUUAAUGGUUUAUAUAGCCAUCAUUGAAAAUACUUUCAAUAAAUAAGAAUGAUGCUGCCAA